UCUGCCACUGUUGCUGUCUGGCAGCUAUGACAACGAACUUUUAAAAGUUGGAUGAAUGGCUUCGAGAAAGAAGAAGCUUUCCCCCUCUAAAGUGUACAGAAAGGCUCUGAAAUGCACCGUAUACCUGGACAUUCACAAAGUCACAUGUCCAGGAGUGCUCCUGACUAAAUACAAAGAGAUCUACCUCAGUGUGUGCAUCAUGGGCCAGUACAGGAAGACGCCCUGUGUGCCGCCUGUCUUCCCUUUGCGCUUCCACCACAAAAUGGUAUUUGAGAAGACGUUCCCCGGCGUUGUUGACCCUGCUGAUGUAGCUGACCUCCUGGACGCUGACACAACAUCUUUUGAGCUGAUUCAGUUGGUGCCUCCAGAGGGGGAGGUGUUAGCUACGAUGAAGGAGAGCAGCAGAGACUUCCUGUACCCGGGAGAAGGAGAGCAGCAGAGAGAGACGCUGAUGAGGAGAUCCUCCUCCUUUCCUGGAAUCUCCCCCAAAGUGGAGUUCGCCACGACAUCCGUCAUAGAGGAGAGUGAGGGGGGAGACAGCCGGCCUGCCUCACCUCCUCAGACCUGCCGUCUCUCUCCAGUGAGGCCGUCUCUAACCCCAUCCCGACAGAAGAAGUGUUCGCCCUCCACGCGGCUUUUUUCAGCGGAAGAAGAUGCGAACCUUAUCUCUUUGAAAGGAAGCAAGGAAAGGCUACAUGUUGAGGCCAGAACAACAAACUGUGCACCGUCCUCACCUCCCAGACGCUCCCCUUCUUCAACUCACUCUGUCCGAAGUCCUCAGAAGAACAAGAAGGAAAGAAAACCCACUUCUCCGGGAGCUUCUGCAGACUACCAGCAGCCCACCGUCUCCUCGAGGACCCGAGCGCUGUCCCCUUACACCCACCGCAGGAUGUGCCAGCUGUCGGAGGAAAACAGGCAGAGACUCGGACACCUGCAGCUGGGUCCUCAUCGCUUCAGGAAGGAGACGGAGAGCCUGCCGCCAUUCCUGGUCUCUCGUAGCAGCAGUGCGUCUCUGAUGGGAACUCCUUCCUCCUCACAGAAUAACAGCAUGCAGCGACGCUCCGUUAGCUUCACAGCUGAUCACAGCGAUUCUUCUCUGCUGGGCAGCUACAGACCCAGAACAGCCCCAGUGACAUCUGGUUCUUUGAGGUUCCGGUCGUCUCCAGAGUCCAGACUGGAAACCCAGAACAGAAGUCCAGUGAGAGGGGCUUCCUUCGCUGAGCCAAACUCCAGAAGCCCUCCGACUCUCAGCUCUUCACUCAGAGAGAGGCUACGGACCAGUCCGUCCUACAGCGAGCAGAUCCACAGAAGAGUCCGGAGGAUUCUGCAGACGCACAAAACCACCCGGGACCACCAAGUUGACCACCUUUAACCUUUUAAUGUCUGUGCACAAGGGGACCGAACGACAGAGGCUUCAAUACGGACGUUUCACCGCUAAACGACUCUAAAUCAAUACGUCCAAUUCAAAGUCUGUAGUAGAUACACACACCUUAACCUCAGGGUCACUCAGGUAAACAUCUCACACACAUCUUCAUUUACAUCCUUUUGAUUUUAGUGUCACACUUUUCCAAGCACCUGGUUGUUGUUGUUGUUGUUGUUGUUACCCUUUGGAAAGGCGGGACAUUUGCAGGGGUUUCGUUCAAAGCAGUGUUUCCCUCCCACUCAUCAGCUGGGCUUUUUCCUCCUGGAUGGUGAGGCCAAAUGCAGACGUCCUCUAAUGUCUCUAAAGCUGUGUGUGGAAUUGGCUCAGGUAUAAAGAAGCUGUGUGUGUGUGUGUGUGUGUGUGUGUGUGUCGUGGUAGAUGUAAGCUGUUAAGAGCUCAUCUCUCAACACAAAGACAGACAAGCAGGUAGCCAGAGCCACGAGAGACUGAGGAGAUUUAAGGCGAGGAGCAAAAGUAAUCCUGCAUCAAAGACAUAAAUUAAAACGGUCAUUCUCAUCCAUAGUCUUCCACUGAAAUGUGUGUGAGAGCUCUUUAAAAUGAACGAUGUGUGAAGAUUUCAUUCAAACAUGGUGUGAAGAGUGCGACAAGUCAUUCUCUACAGGUCAUCUCAAGAGCCACCAUCGUACUCACACAGGAGAGAAACCAUUCAGCUGUGAAGAGUGGAAAAACCUUUUCUCUGGUUCAUGACACCUUCAUCACCGACACAAGCAGUCGAUGACAUUUUAAAUGAUCAAUAAGGAACAUAGUUUCCAUUCUGCAGGAACAGAGAGGUCAUAGUGAUAGUUUGGGGCUUUCUUUGGUGCAGCUAGGAUAUCAUUAUUGGUCAUUUUAUUUCCCUUCCCUAUUUAUUCCUCUCAUUGACUCACAUUCAUCACGAGUGCAGUACAAAACUAUACUUCUUUUCACAGCAGUUUAUACUUUUAAUAACCCUCAAGCAUUUUUUAAAACUUGUAUUGCUUAUGACAUGUCUGAAACAUGCACAUGUAGUAUAACAUUAAUCAUUUAUUUUGAAUUGAGUUCAAAAUGGUUUUUGUUGUUGGCAUUAGCAGUUAUGAAACACUAACUCCUGACUGAAGGAGCUCGAGUAUAUUUAAAAGAUGUCCUCCACAGCGUAUCCUCUCCUUCCUCUUUGCGGCUCAUUACAGAGACGGCAUGUUUUGUAAAUUCAGCGUCAUCAUGUUGCUUAACCUGUUGAACCCCAUCCCUGUUUUCAUGGGCUGCGUUCCAAUAGUCCGUUUAGCUUAGGAACCUUCCUAACCGAGUGAAAUGACCCGGAAGUCCCUCAGUGGCAGCCAUGAUAAGGGCCGUUCCAAUUCUCCAAAUGAA